UGGCGGCCAGGUUGUUGCGGGGUGCGGGAGCGUAGCCCGGCGGGUUCUCCUCGGCGGCGGCGGGGUUCAUUGUUCGGUCCGGCGGAGCCAUGAGGGGCGAUCGAGGCAGAGGCCGUGGCGGACGCUUUGGUUCCAGGGGAGGCCCUGGCAGUGGGUUCCGGCCCUUUGUGCCGCACAUCCCCUUUGAUUUCUAUGUCUGUGAAAUGGCUUUCCCACGUGUAAAACCUGCCGCAGAUGAGACUGCGUUCAGCGAAGCCUUGCUGAAGAGAAACCAGGACCUUGCUCCAACUGCUGCUGAACAGGCUUCUAUUCUUUCUCUGGUAACUAAAAUAAACAACGUGAUUGAUAAUCUAAUUGUAGCACCAGGAACUUUUGAAGUGCAAAUUGAGGAGGUUCGCCAGGUAGGCUCCUACAAGAAGGGCACCAUGACAACCGGGCACAAUGUGGCUGAUCUGGUUGUGAUUCUGAAGAUCUUACCCACACUGGAAGCUGUGGCAGCCUUGGGAAACAAAGUAGUGGAAAGCCUGAGAGCACAGGAUCCCAGUGAAGUCCUGACCAUGUUGACCAAUGAGACUGGCUUUGAGAUCAGCUCGGCUGAUGCAACAGUGAAGAUCCUUAUCACCACAGUGCCUCCCAAUCUCCGCAAACUGGAUCCAGAACUGCACUUGGAUAUCAAAGUGCUGCAAAGUGCUCUGGCUGCCAUCAGACAUGCUCGCUGGUUUGAAGAGAAUGCUUCUCAGUCCACAGUGAAGGUCUUAAUCCGGCUGCUGAAAGACUUGAGAAUUCGAUUCCCUGGUUUCGAGCCCCUCACUCCAUGGAUUCUCGACUUGCUGGGGCACUAUGCUGUGAUGAACAAUCCCACCAGGCAGCCCCUGGCUCUGAACAUCGCUUACAGGCGCUGCCUUCAGAUCCUAGCUGCGGGGCUCUUCCUCCCUGGGUCUGUUGGUAUCACUGAUCCCUGUGAGAGUGGGAACUUCAGAGUCCACACGGUUAUGACCCUUGAACAGCAGGACAUGGUGUGCUACACAGCGCAGACACUCGUCCGGAUCCUCUCUCACGGAGGUUACAGGAAAAUCCUCGGCCAAGAGGGUGACGCCAGCUAUCUGGCUUCUGAAAUGUCCACGUGGGACGGAGUGAUAGUGACGCCUUCCGAGAAGGCUUAUGAAAAGCCCCCAGAGAAGAAAGAAGGAGAAGAGGAGGAAGAGAAUCAAGAAGAAACUGCUACAGGCGAGGAGGAGGAAAGUAUGGAGACUCAAGAGUGACUUGCCCAGUUUGACUCCCUACCUCUGAACAUUGCUGGCUGAGGCAAGUGAAGAACCACACCAAGAACUUAGUGAACAUGAUGAGCUGAUGUGAUCCAUUCCUUGUAUUUGUCUUGUUUUUUAUAGGUUGAUAUUAAACUGCUCCCUGUUUUGAA